GCGAGGCCCGGUUCCUAGGCUCGACCAGCGCUUGAGGAGGUAUGCUCCUCGGACGCUGGGCCUGUGCGCGCGCCCAACAUACGCACGUGGCUCCUUGAUUGGCCACGUGGCGUCUGCUGUUGGCAACGUGGCUGUCCAUGACGCGCGGACAAGGGUACCGCCAGCAGAGAGUGAAGACGACGAUAAACAUGGCGGCGCAACACUUCGGAAACAUGAUGAAGUUGGUCAGAGAGCUGCAAUACGGACAUAGCUUUUUCUACACAGAGACCUUCGAUACUGAUAAUGACACCUGGCAUAGAGAGGACGAUGGGCACGAUGAGGUGGACGUGGUCAACUACUUCGCAAACCUUUGCGCAUUCCACGUGGAUGAGGUAAGUGGUAACGAUGAGCAGGAAGAAGAAGAUGUUGUCAAUGGCGAAACAGGCGAGCUGGAGGACGAUGACGUCGUCGACUACUUUGCAGCCAUCAAUUCGGUGUGUGGGAAGCGCACAUUAGAAUCGGAUUAUCUGCACGAUGAGUGGGAAUAUGGCCUUGGUGAAGUGGGCAGGUGGAACGUGGAGUGGGGCCAGAAGGCAACUGCGACACUACCGACGACGACAACAACGCAUAAUGAUGUUAGCAAGAGCGGGAUGGGUGUGCAGGGCAAGAGGGACAUUAACAACACUGAUAACGACGACGAAGACAACAACAACAUCAACAACAACGCCGACGCCGACGUGGAUGACGGUGGAGACUAUGGCAACAGUGGGGCAGCGCGCGGUGAGGGUGUCAACAUCAUCAACAACAACAACAACAACAAUAACGACGACGAAGAUGCCGCACGCUUGCAAUGGGUGGAUCACGAAGGUGCAACGAGGGCACCGGCGAGCGAACGAGUGGUGGGUGCUUGCGCAUUACAAGUCCUGACGAUGGAACGAGAGCUCCCAGGUGGUGCGAAGGCAUUAACGACAUUGGAGAGAAACAUGGUGGUCGCAACUGUGUCAGUUGUCGCCAUGCGUUAUCGCAUUGAGAGAACAACAACUCGCCUGAGGAUGAGAUUGUUCAUUCGCAGGCAGAGGCAGUUGAUGCAACAAGUGAUGGAUGCGCCCGAUUCUGUAUCGUUAUCAGAAUCCAUUGUGCAAUCUUGCUGCGCCAUGGCAUCAGGUGUGAUCCCCCGGGCGACUGCGAGAUGGUGGAUGAGGAGAAGGACGGGAGGGACAUGGGAGGAUCUUCGACAGGUUGACGACGCGGCGGAGGGCUACUACAAGGAGAAGUUGCCGAGUGGAGUAGUCAAUGGCGCACGUCGGCUGUCCGCUGGAGUUUUCCCGCCUGUCCAUUGUCGUCUUCCUCACCGCUCAUCGUUUCUGUCUGCUGCCAGGACCCCGCACGACGACGCACACGUGGAACAACACGACAAGGAGCAGGAGAAGAGUGGCCAGCAGCAGGAGCGGGAACCGCCGGAGGACGUCUGCCAUGACGCAACUUGCGAGGCCUCGUUAUCGCAGACUGUCGCUGCGAAUAGGCGCAACUGCGGAGAGCUGGGCCGGCUGCUUAUGAUGUUGUACCCGAUCAUGAGGGAUGUGCAAUGGUCGCACUUGAUGGACGAUGUGCACGCUCGCAUCUGCAUCCAGAAUCUGCAGAAGGCUCUGAAAGAAGCAGAGGUACUUCUGAAGCGGUGUGUGUACAGUGGGCCAUUUACGUGGAUGGUUCAUAGCACAAGAAUCGCGAGGGAACUUGCCGACAUCAGCUGUGAGAUAAGCCAUUCGCUGCAUGUGGUCCAGAUGUUAGUUGCGGAGAGCAAUAGGAAACAACUUGAGAGACUCAGGCAAGACCUCCUGGAUAUAAAGUACAAGGUAAACGAAGAGGACUGGCGGCUAUCGGAGAGACUGCUAAAUGUGAUGAAGAAGGAGGAAGAGGUGGAGGCGACCACGUCCCAGGACAAUCCGUACGCAGACAAGGCGGACCUCCAACCGUCGUCGCCGACGUCCUCGCUGGGAAGCGCAGACGGAGAAUCUGCCAGUGGGGACGAAGCACUAGACCUCGAAGCGGGCUCCUCCUCCCCAUUCGCCUCAGCUUGCACCUCCCCUCAUGCCUCGGCUUCCUUGUCCGUCUCCCGCCUCUCCCGAAGUGGGCUUCUUACGAUUUCUACUGCGACCACGGCGACGGCUGAAGGGGCUUCGGAUGAUCCCCCCUCUAUCAGCCAAGUGAGCACCCACUCUCCCGGCGAGCCCUCUCGUAUCACAAACCCCUCUCUCACCGUAGAGUUGACUUCUACAAUCAUGGAUGACUUCAGCAUUGAAGACCCUGGAGGGGUCAAGGAGGUCCUACGCGAGGCUGCACACUAUCUCGGGGUCGCGGAAAGGGAGGUGCUCAAGGAGUACGCACAAGUGAAGAAGCAGAUGCGCCACACUGGAUUGCUGCAGGCGCUGGAGGUCGAUCCACGCUCGCUCGAGUUUGUGCGGCUCAUAAGUGCGGGAGGAGGGAGGACUGCUGGUGUCUGGGCUGGUAGACUCUGGAGUAAAACCGCUGGCGGAAAGCUUGUGUCGCGUGAAGUCGCCGUUAAGAAAUUCCCUUGCUUCGACGGCGUACAUGUCACUGAGCAGUUCCGGAGGGAGGUGGAAGUCCUCCACAAGGCAUCAAGUAGAUGCCCGAACGUCUGCAAAUUGUACGGAGUUUGCGGAAAGGACGGCCAUCUGUGUAUCAUCAUGAAGUUGUAUAAGCUCAGCCUGCAGGAUAUCAUCCAAAAGGUGAAUGGUCCCAUGAAUCUUCUGGACGUGGAGCGGCGAGCAAUCAGCAUGUGUCGAGCCUUGAUGCAGCUGCACCGCGAGCACAUUAUCGUCCAAGAUGUAAAACCCGCAAAUUUCCUUGAAGAUGAUGAUGGGGGCCUGGUUAUUGCGGACUUCGGAAUCUCACGAACGGUGGAGCGUACGAAUGGGAAAUACAGCCCAACAAUGGCGCGGGGAACGGCGCGCUAUAUGAGUCCUGAGGCAUGGGGAGGAGAGGCACUGUGGGCUCAGUCGGACAUGUGGAGCUUGGGGUGUACCAUUCUGAACAUGAUCACUGGCCAGCCACCGUUCCCAGGUCUGCGCGAAACCGCUGUUGGCUACAAGGUUCUGCAUGAACAGGCGAAGCCAGAUAUUCCAGCCGGUAUACCGCAGCCGUUGAGAGCGAUGCUCCUCCGCUGCUUCGAGUACCAGGCCUGCGAUCGCCCACAAGCGCACGAGCUUCUGGCAUUCUUUCUCAGAGGGAUUAACUGCAGCGAACCUGUUAAUGCGCCGUUAACAGACGUCUUCAUUCGGCGAAACCAGAAGACAAGCAACUCGACAAAGGAUGUGAAAUUUGCAGGUGUACUUUCAGGGGGGUCGGGGGAUCUUAUCCAGUUGAGCCAACUAGUGCAAGUGCAGGCAACGGCAGGCGAAGCAACAGGAGACCCUGAGGGUGAGAAAAGAUGCCACAGCAGUAGCACGUUUGGGCAGCAAAGUGAUCGUAGCCUCCUCUCGUCAGCCGCACCUACUUCAACGAAAGGAUUACGGAAGAGCAGGGGGAACUCCAGGAAGACCUCCGCUGCCACCAGCUCACUCUGCUUAGGGGCGGCUUUAUCCAAGGGCCCGAUUUUGAACGGUCCAGGGGGCGCUUCUCGUUCCCAAUGCUUUUGGGCAGCACUCCUCGUGAUUGUCGUGAUCGUGGUAUCGGUGUGCAUAACGAUUCCGGUCAUGAUUACUGUCGUCAUGCAUUGGAAUGCAAAGAGCAUUCAUUCGCCACAGAUUCCCGAAUAUUUUUCCGACAAGCAGAUCGAUUCGAAGAUCUGGUACUCCUUGGGACAUGAUGAUAAAGAACGGUCAGACAACCUGAUGACUGCCUUGAAGCGCACACGCUAUAGUGUUCCGGGGAUCCCAUGUCUUGGUCUGGCAUUCGGCGGCCAGGUUCAUGAUCAUAUCAUCAACACUCUUUUUGCAUUUACGUGCAGCUUUUUUGGAGGUCCUCUUGACGACCCUGCGUGCCAAUACAUUCCACCAAACAGUACGAAAGUGGCGAACACUGACCGCAAGCUGGUGAUGGCAAUGCUGCAAACACAUGGACGGACAAGUGGACGAAACAUCAAAUUGGGACAACAGGAAAUGUUUGUGGAAUAUUUGAUGGCAGCUAUUAAUUCCGUGGUGAAGACGAAUCGCACAUUCGAAGAUGGUGUUCAAGCUCGUCUUCAAUCUUUGGACACAAUCAUUGCACGAAGUGCCAACGGCUGUCCCAAAAAUGCCGAAGGCAAGCAGCUGUUAUGGAAAAGGAAUGUGUCUUAUUCUACAGUUGUUCAUGUGGAUGAGACUAUCACGUGGGUUUGGGACGAUGAUGAACCUCAUUCCGUUGCAGCCGGCGAUGAGGAAUUCGCGGAAGAGCUCCCUGAAGCAAUAGGAGUGGGAAAUCUCAUCGUCAGCCGAGCGGCAAAUUGCACGAAAGAAAAUCUGGCUAUUGUUUGUGCUUUGAAGCUGAGUGAGUCGGGCGAUACGUUCAAGUUCAGCCACACUUUUCGGACCCCAGGAAACUACAGCUACCACUGCGGUCGAUUUCAGGAGGACAUGAAAGGACAUGUGGUGGUGACUGAGUGAGAAAAGUCGAUCAAGAAGCAGGCAUCAUUGCAGAACAACCACCAUUGGAGAGGAGAGUUGAUCGAGUGAGGAAGGCGAUGGAGAAGUGGGGACCAUCGCAGGAAUUAGGCAUCACUGGAGAGGAGACCAAGGAACACUAUUGGGAAGUCCAAUGGUACCAAGCAGUCCAGGUUCCAGAUGGAUUGGUAGACGAGUUCCAGAUCAGCUGUGCAUCACUUCCAGAUCACUUCUGGAACAGAUUGGUUCCAAAUUGGUUCAAAAGGUGAUCGAGUGAGGAGGUCAAUCAAGAAGUGGGGACCACCGCAGGAAUUAGGCAUCAUUGGAGAGGAGAGCAAAUGGAUGGAAUACUUACCAGGAAGUUCGAUCAUACCAAGCAGACCGGGUUGUAAGAUGGAUCUAUAGAUGAGUUCCAGAUCAACUGUGUACCACUUGUGGAACACAUUGGUCCCAAAUUGGUUCCUCCUCCCAGGAUUGGACCCAGAUCAGUUCCCAAAUUGGCUGCCAGACCAGUUCCAGGUUGGUUCCAGAUCGGUUCCCAGAUCGGUUCCAGAUCGGUUCCAGAUCGAUUUCAGAUCGGUUUCAGACCAGUUCCAGAUCGGUUCCAGAUCGGUUCCAGAUCGGUUCCAGAUCGGUUCCAAGAUCAGUUCCAGACUGGUUCCGGAUCAGUUGCAAAUUGGUCCCAUAUCUAUUAGAUUGGUUCCAGAUCUAUUAGAUUGAUUCCAAAUCGAUUUCAGAUCAGUUCCAGAUCAGCUCCUGGAUCAGUUCCAGGUCGGUUCCAAUCGGUUCCAGAUUGAUUCCGAUCGGUUCCCAGACCGGUUCCAGAUUGGUUCCAGACCAGUUCCAGAUCAAAUUCAGAUUGCUUGCAAAUCAGUCUCCGGGCAGGUUCCAGAUUGAUUCAAGACGAGUUCCAGAUCGGUUCCAAAUCAAUUCCAGACCGGUUCCAGAUCGGUUAUAGAUUGGCUCCUCCAGAUCGGAUCCAGGUUGGUUCGAGAUCGUCUCCGAAUCGGUUCCAUUCCAGAUCAGUUCCAGAUUGGUACCGAAUCGAUUCCAGAUCUGUUCCAGACCAGUUCCCAUAUCUUCUCUAGAUUGGUACCCAAUCGGUUCCAAACAGGUUCCAGAUCAGUUCCAGAUCGGUUCCCAGAUCAGUUCCAGAUUUGUUGCUCAUUGGUUUCAGAUCGGUUCUCGAUCAAUUCCAGAGUGGUUCGAAAUCAGUUCCCAGAGCAGUUCCUGAUCGGUUCCCAGAGCAGUUCCCGAUUGGUCCCAAAUUGGUUCCAGAUCCAGAUAAGUUCCAAAUGGAUUCCAGAUCGGUUCCGGAUCAGUUCUUUGAUCAGUUCCAGAUCAAAUCCAAAUCAAAUCCAAAUGAAUUCCAAAUCAAUUC